AUGUCAAUAAAAUAUGCUCUAGAAAGAAACGGGGGUGGACAGUUACAAGAGGAAAUCCUUGCAAAUACCUAUAUCGACAAUGUUCUAAUUGGCGCAAAGACGGUCGAAGAAGGAUACGCUCUCUUCGAUGGGCAUGAAUUCAUGUCCAACAAUAAGGAAGUAGUACAGUCCAUCCCAGAGGAAGAUAGGAUGAAGAAGACACGUAGUACAGUGGAGCUGUUAAGAAUUCGAUGGGAUACGGACAGCGACACACUAACUGUGCCAGUCAAAACUACGAUGAAAGAAGAUACGUCGAAGCGAACGGCAUUAAAAUCGUUUGCAUGUACUUUCGCUCCUUUGGGCCUACUUACUCCACUCUUUAUAAAGGCCAAAAUGUUCAUCCAAGACCUGUGGGUGAACAAAUACUCUUGGGAUGAUCCGUUCGAUGAGUCUACUGUAGCCAAGUGGAAGAGUAUCACGGAGGGCAAAGAAGGCUUCGUCGGAAACGUACCACGCUUUAUUACAGUCACAGGAAAAGUCUUGGUAGUUUUUUCGGAUGCGUCGCAGAGUGUAUACGCAGCACUAUGUCGAUCUGCAAAAGGGGAACCCUUCAGCAACGUGAUCUUCUCCAAGGCCACGUUGGCCGACAUGAAGAAAACUGCUAUUCCACAACUUGAAUUGCUGGGCUCUGUCUCGACCGCUGAACUGGUUCGUUUCCUUCGAAAGCACCUUCAGGUGCCCCUCAAUUCAGUGCAGAUACUCUCGGAUUCACAGAUAGCUCUCUAUUGGAUUCAUUCCAAUAAGCAGUUAAAAACGUUUGUCAAUAAUCGGGUCAAGAUCAUUGAGGAAUUACACUCUGGCAUAAAAGCAAAGAUGGGGGGUCGAGCCAAUACUCCAACUCCAGGAUCUUUAGCUUGCGUCGCAGACGACAACGAUCACUGCAGACGACAUAAAAGCAGCAGGAAUCGUUCUCCUUCGGGAACACUAUUGAGAAGGACACCUUCAACUCCUAGGUCGCACGGUCAAACGUCUCCAAAUAACGCUUGA